AUGUUACCAUCAUCACCACUCUCAACAAUUAGCAAGAAAGAGGUCCAGGGCAAGCUAGACCGUGGAAGAGUUGGAAGUAGCUCCCACGGCUCUGGCUCUGCGACAUCAGUACAGGGAAGUUCUCAGCCAAGAGCCGAGGAUAAGACAGAAGUCCGCCCAACUGUAAAUAACAGACCUGAAAAGUCUUACUUCCGCAUCUACGUUUAUCUGACGUUCUCCUUAAGUCCUGCUUAUGCCUUAAGUCACGCAUGUCACGUCCCAUCAUGCCACACACUUCACGUCAUAUCACGUCCCGCACGUCACACAUGUCAUGCAUGUCACGACACGCGACACGAUAUGCGGCAUGACACCUCAACAUGCUGGGAGACUGACCCCAACUUCACCAUCUUGUGUGGGUUGGGGUUGCUUCUUCUGUUCCUGUGCUACCUGAUAGAGAUUCCAUUUCCAACCUGGAACAUGAAAUCCAUCCAAAAGCGUCAAGACAGAGCCGAGAGGAGGAGGAAUGAUGGUACACUGCAAGGUAAGGUUCUACUUAUUCCACCUGAGCUCUCCAAGGAUGACCCUUUCUGUCCUUUCCAUGAAGUUCCAGUUCCAAGAUUUCUGAGGAUGGAAUCAUAUAUAACACCUAUGUUUCUACCUUCACUACAUAUAACCCGCUCUCUUGGUUUCCCAGGUUGGAAAUGCAGUCAGAGAGAAGAGGAAGAGCUAAGGAAGCAGAUGUCUAAUUGGAGGAGCUUUGUACCUCCUAUCUCCUGCAGCCCCCUAGGUCGGCAUUAUGAUAUCAUCCACAUUCGUCAACUGUUAUGUCCAGAUCCCUUCUGUGAGGUGUGUAAUAAUACCACUGCUGAGAUCAAUUGUCUGCUGUACCCAGAGGCCCUGGAAGAUGCUACUCCUUUGGUUUCCACAGCUCCUGUGACUGACUCAUCGUUCACAUUGUCUUCUGCUUUCUCAGCAGACCCUCCAGGACACCUAAUAUCAGCUUCUCUGCCUGAUCCUCCCCCACCACCUGCCUCCACCUUCCUACCUAACCCAAUGACCCUCUUGGCUGACCUUUUUCCACCCUCACCACCGGAUCACUCUUUGCCACCAGAGCCUUUUCCUCCCUUGGAAUCCAAUUUCCCUGACGAUCACUUCCCACCCCAACCUCUUGCCUUUUCCCAUCUCCCACCAUAUCAUGCUCAGAAAGAGGACCCUGUUACUCAACCAGAGGCCAAUAUGUCUCUCAAUACCAUCUUCUCUCUUGAUCCCACUCUUUCCCAAGAUGUCAACUCCUUAUCAGAGUUGUCCCAGACACUGAAUCCCACUGAGACUUGUGCUUGUCAUGUUGCAUCACCAACCCUGUCUGUUUCACCACCACCAGACUGCACUUUAACUGUGACUCAGUCUAAAUCCAUUUCCAUCACCCUGAAGCCUAUUCCAGAGAACUCCUCUCCAGAUGGCCAUGUUGUGCUGUCCACUCAUAUUUCCAAAAUCAAAGACAUUGACCAUGCAACCUUGUCUGCCUCAGACUUCUCUUGGUGGAAAGCUCAUCACAAAGACUUCUUCUCUUCUACCUUGGCUCAAUGUGAUUUCAGCCAAGAGUUUCUUGCCCUCCAUUCUUCCAAGGCUGUUUCCAGGGGAGACCCUGCAGCCAACCUUGUAGAGCCUGGCAACCUCUCUUUCCUGAGCCCUGAAGUCCUGGCACUUCUGGAGGAACAAGUCCAAAAGAGGGGUGAUUUCCUGAUAUGGAAGGAAAAAAAGAAGGGUUCUUUUCCAAAACAACUUGGGCCAGACUACACACUAAAUUCUUCAGGAAAAGUGUCAGAGUCAAUUGCUGACAAACAUGACUUGGCAGCCUCCCUUCCUUUCUGGAACAGCAAAGACAAAUCAAAGGAAAUCCAUGUGCAUCCACAGCCCCCAUAUCUUACAACCUUGGCAGAGGGCAAUUUACAGCAAACACCUAUCCAGCUCUUCUGGGGUCUCCCAACUCUGCAUAGCGAGUCCUUGCCCUCUGCUGCCCAUGUCUCAGAUGAUUCUGCCUCAGUUUUUACUUUCAAUAGAAUCUCUACCUCCACAGACCAGGAAUCCCCAGUCCUUCUCCAUCCACUUACUCUAGGCUCACCUGAGAUCCAGCCUCAACCCUUGACUCAAGCACAGCCUCAAAGCCAGCCCCAACCCCAGCCCCUACCUCUCACUCAAGUCCAGCCUGAGGUGUACCUUCAAACCCCACUCCCAAUCUUGCUAUCUAAUCCUCUACCCCAGAUUAAGAUCUGUGGAGUAUGCUUUCAUAGACCCCAGAGUGAAUCAGAGUCUCUCAUCUCCUCUGAAAUUCAACACCUAGAAUGGAACUUGUUGCAGAAGCAACAGGAACAUUUGUGGGGUUUACCCAGUGUGGUUCAAAGAUCCCAUGAGGACUUCUGUCCUUCAGCUCCUAGCCUAUCUAACUGCCAGGCCUCCCAGGCCCAUGGUGCAUUUUCUAUCCUUCCUGGACUGUUUCCUCUCAGUGAUGAGGUUCGUAAGAAACUAGAGCAUCACCUGAGAAAGAGGCUCAUCCAACACCGGUGGGGCCUUCCCCGCAGGAUCCAUGAGUCUCUAUCACUGAUAAUACCUCCGAGGAAUUUUUCAGAGAGACCUGAGAUGCAGCACUCUCAUGGACGCCCACAGAUCUCUAAGAGUCAGAGUAGCAAAACUCUAAAUGUUGGGUUGAGCCAACCUGAAAGCUUCCAUGAGAGGGACUCGGAAAGGCUUCAGCUAGAGGAGGCCAAUGGGAAGGAUCUGGGAAACAACCCAGAGGAUGGACCAAAAGAUCAUCAGUUUAGUGACCCAGAGAGCUCUUUAGAUAAGGAUAUGGGGUAUGAUGUGGAGAAAGCACGUAAAAGCCUGCAUGAGAAAAAUUCAAGGGCAUCUGUGGGGAUUCUAGGUUGGAGACAACUUGAAAAUCUCCUGAAAACACAUUUGAGCAAAAAGUCUGAUGAGAUCAAUGAGGGUCGGCUCCCCGAGACUGUACAUAUUUCAUGGCGUACUAUGAAGGAGACAUUCCUUCCUUCUAAGAAAUCCCAUAUUGAAAUACAGCAAAGAGUUCUGCCACCAUCAGUGGAUGGGGACUAUGGCCUGAAUACCUCCCAGGAGCUUUCCUUUAUUGAAUCUACGACACAACAGAGGCUGGAAUCCCAUAUCAAACAAUUUCAUAGGAGGAUGGUACAGGGCCUUCCCCCCAAGGUCCUUGAAUCCAUAGAUAUCUUUAUAUUGAAAGAGUUUCCCUCCUCAACUAACUGGAUUUCUGAGGCCAUCUCUAAAUCUGGGGUCUUCAAGUCCCAUAGAGGAAGCUCUAAAUCUCUCCAUGGAGACAAAGUAAACAGCAAAUUCGGCCCCAUCCUGGGCCAUUCUCUCCCUGCCACCCCAACUGUGGGCAAGGAAGGCCAGAGAAUCCUGGCAAAAUCACCUGCUCAUAUCAACCAUGAGCUGGCAGAGGAUGCUCCGAAAAUUAAGGAUGGCAGACAGACUCUUCAACCUUUCAGACACAGCACCAUACACAAAGUGAGUCAAAGACUGACGCUAGCCAAUAGAUGGCUCUCAAAGCAGCCCACAAAGCAAGCUGGGGUCAGAUGUGAGCCAAAGGAUAAGACCAUAAAUCCCAAUGACAGAGUAAAAAUGCACCACCACAAAACAAUGAAGAAUCCAGAACCCAUUCCCAUGCCCAAAGUGUCCCAGGGAGAUAUUCAGGGUUGAGAACUUGGUGUGUGUCAAUCAAAAACUAGAGAUAUCUUGACAACCAGCAAACCAAGAAGCCCCCAAAUGGUCAAUGUGAGUGUAAAUAAGGUCAGACCUGUGACCACUAAAAGCCAUCCACAAAACAUAUCAAUUCCGCAAGAUCAUAAAUUAACAGUCCUUAAAGAACAACUGUAUAAGGAGUUCAAGCUUAAACUGGAGCAAAGAGAGCAUAGCUGGGCCCAGAGCCAACACAACGACCUGCCCCUCUUGAUUCACAAGCCCUCUCUGACUCAUAACCAGGUUGACUCCAGUGGGGACAGGGGAGCUUCCCAGGUGCUGCACAUCCAUCCUGAGGACACAGGAAUUAGUAUGGGACAGCAGCAGGAGCCUUGGGUCCCUAAACAUGUCUUAAGGAAGCACCAGCACAAGUAUUUCCCACCAGCUACAGAGACAAUGAGCCCUUCGUGCUCUAAAGCACAGAAGUUUGGUAGAGGGGAUGCAGAGUUGGGGACAUACCAACUCAUAAGGAAGAGGUUCCCUACUCAGGAUGUAGAACUGCAGGGGAAGCUUGGGAGCCAGUCCUCCCACAAGAAAAAUGAGCACUAUUUUACAUGCUUUAAAUCUAGGAGUAAGUGCAAAAGAUCAGAAAACUCCCAGGAAAAGGGCAGCUUCCUCUCUGUGCAAAGCAGAGGCAUGGUUCAAGGUAGAGCUGCCUUUACUGGGAUGACAGAAGCUCAGAAAAUCAAGAAAAAUAUUGAGAAGCCUCUAGAAGAUAAAAUGGAACAUCGGUAUGCAAUAGAUAGCAUCUGCCCUCAACAGCUCCUUUUGUCCCCAGCCAGGUUUGGGAAAAAUCAAAAGGAAGCAUAAGCACAGGCCCAGACACAAUCUGUCCUGGGACGUACUUUCAACUACAGGGCUUCCUCCUGUAACAAGAUAAAUACCAAGUCCUGCCACCAAGAAGCUGUCUUUGUGGGUCACAGUCAUUCUCCAAGUAUUAGAUCAGAGACAAGGUCAGCCUGGGCACUUAAGCUGUGGCACUUAAGGACCAGCUAUUGUGUCAGAACCAUUGCCUGUCUGUGCCCCACAGGGAGCCUGUGCCCCACACAUGCCACACCUGCAGGCCUCAAGCUGGCCAGGGGCCUUCAGCCACUCUCACCACUGCUAAAGGCAUAGUAUUCAGAUAUCUGUCUCUAUGAUUUAGAAGGAAAAGCCUUCUCCAGAAUUUCCAAGGGAGGGAAAUAUCCCACCCCAAAUCCCACAAGAUAAUCCCUUGAUUCUCUCCAAUAAAUAUUUCUCUAAUA